CAGAUCUAUACACAAUUUUUUUUUUGUCCAAGCUUCCCGGCUGAUGUCUUGAGAUGUUGCAUUAAUAUCUCCACGUAAUGUUGUUUCUUCAUGAUGCCGUUCCUUUAUGAGGAGCUCCAUUUUCUUCUGCUGCAAAACAGCCCCCACAGCAUGAUGCUGCCACCUCCAUGCUUCACAGCUUGGACGGUGUUCUCAGGGCUACAAGCCCCCCCCCCCCCUUUCCUCCAUUCAUCCAGCAUCUUUACAUGGGUCUUCAGUUUUUGUUCUGGGAUUUAUUUGCACAUUUUGGACCAAAACACGUUCAUCUCUGGGACACAGAGUCGGUCUCCUCCCUGAACGAUGUAAAGGCUGGACAUUCCCACGAUGUUCAUACUUAGCUUCAAGCAUCUGGAAAUUGCCCCCAAGGAUGAGCCAGACUUGUGGAGCGCCAUGAUUCUCUGUCUGUGAUUUUCUUACGAUAUCAAACGAGGCAGCAGAGUAUUUGAGAUGCGGCAUCAAUGAACUCACACGUCGGAGCUGCCGUAGCCAUGACCCCGUCAACUGGGUUUCCCCGUGUUCUUUAAAGACGCGGUACUUAUUGCGUGACGAUGCAUGAGGACGUCUAUUUGUUGCAGAUUUUUGCAUUUGAAUUGUCAGAAGACGUUUCCUGCUAGUUUGGUCGAGGGGGUCGUCAUAAACCCGGAAAGAGGGUCUCUUGUCAGCUACCAGUUGACAAUUCAAGAAUUCAAAUUUGAACACUGAAUCAUUCUGACCGCCGAUUGAACGUGACUGAGAUGGUCACACCAUCGCCGACGACGCCAUUUGUCAUGGGAUGCGAGUCUCCAUCCGUUUUUCGUUUUGGAACAAAGGAACUUUCACUGAUACUGAACGUAGGUAUGUGACCCGUGUACGGCGCAACGCGGUCAACUUGGCAAGGUGUUUUUGUUCUACUGGUGGGAUUUAGCGCCACGGGUGGUACAAUCGAGAACGCGGCGACUCCCACCUCUGCCCGCCCGGUCAGUCAGUUGAUUUUCAAGUCCGACACUCGACGAUAAUGUUGUGGCCGUUUGUGCAGUGCAAAAUUGCUAAAGCCGGUCCCCCCUUGUCUUCCAGGACCUGACGUUCAAAGGGGAUGAAUGAAGGAAGGGAGCCUUCAUAUCGUCGACAUAUCGCACAGCUCCAUCAAUUGAAACUCCAAGCGAAAAGUCAGCCCUUCAGCAGCUUUAUGGACAAACCUUUCCCACCACAGUCGCCGUUUAUGGCAGGAUGAGCCUCAGGAGAUGAUGAUGGCGAAAAAGCAAGACGUCCGCUCCCCCGUUUACAAUCUGAUCGUGGUGGGUUUGUCAGGUACAGAGAAAGACAAAGGCCAGUGCGGAGUGGGAAAGUCCUGCCUGUGUAACAGGUACGUCAGGCCCAGCGCCGACGACUUCUACUUGGACCACACGUCGGUGUUGAGCACCAGCGACUUUGGGGGACGAGUGGUCAACAAUGAUCACUUUCUCUUUUGGGGGGAAGUCUCGCGGCUUCUGGAAGAAGGGCCGGAGUGCCGAAUGCACGUCGUGGAGCAAACGGAAUUCAUCGACGACCAGACCUUUCAGCCUCACCGUAGCACCGCAAUGCAGCCUUACAUGAAACGGGCGGCUGCAACCAAGCUGGCGUCAGCGGAGAAGCUCAUGUAUUUCUGUACCGAUCAGCUGGGCCUGGAGCAAGACUUUGAGCAAAAACAAAUGCCCGAGGGCAAGCUGCAGGUGGACGGCUUCCUGCUCUGCGUUGACGUCAGCCGGGGCAUGAACCGCAACUUUGACGACCAGCUGAAAUUUGUCACAAACCUCUACGGUCAGCUCAGCAAGACGAAGAAACCAACCGUGCUCGUGCUCACAAAGUGCGAUGAAGGAGUGGAACGCUACAUCAAAGAUGCGCAUACCUUCGCCAUCACCAAAAAGAGUCUGCCCGUGGUGGAGACAUCCGCUCGUUCAAACAUCAACGUGGACCUCGCCUUCCUCACGUUGGCUCAGCUGAUUGACAGAAGCAGGGGCAAGCCCAAGAUCAUCCCCUACUUCGAAGCACUGAAGCUGCAGAGCCAGCAGAUAGCGUCCGCCAAGGAUCGCUACGAAUGGCUGAUCAACCGGAUCGUGAAGAAUCACAACGAAACCUGGCUGCACACCAGCCGACGCAUGAACACGUCCCCGGAGUACAAAGAGUACGUUUUCUUGGAGGGAACGGCCAAAUGCAAGAAGCUUUUCCAGCAGCACGUUUACCGUCUGAAGCAGGAACAUAUCGAGCGUCGUCGGACAAUCUACCUGAGCACGCUUCCUCUCGCACUGAGUUCUUUGGUGCCCGACCUGGACGAAAUCGACCAACUCAGCUGGUCCGGUGUACAGAAGGUUCUGGAGUCCAAGCAGCACUUUGCCCACUGGUUUGUUGUUCUGGAGGACUCGCCUUGGGAGGAUACGUCUCACAUUGACAACAUGGAGGACGAGCGGAUCCCGUCGGACCUUCUGGAGACGGAUGAAGCCGAGGAACUGUUUAACGCCCACCUGGAGCACUUGCGGAACGAGUGCAGACGGGCGGAGAUGAGGCUCGAGUUCAAGCACAAGCUUUCGUCUUCUCCCUUUGUCACACCCGGGAGACCUUGGGAAGAGGCUCGCAGCUUCAUCAUGAACGAAGAGUUCUACCAGUGGCUCGAGGAGCCCGAGUACCUGGACCUUUACAACCGGCAUCAAAAGGAGCUCAUUGACCGCGCGAAGGAAGACUUUCAGGAGCUGUUGCUGGAGUACUCCGAGCUUUUCUACGAACUCAAAGUGGACGCCAAACCGAGCAAGGAAAAAAUGGGGGCCAUUCAGGACGUGUUGGUGGAGGAGCAGCGGUUCAAGGCGCUGCAGAAGCUUCCAGCCGAAAGGGACGCUCUCGUACUGAAACAUAUCCACUUUGUGUAUCACCCCACGAAGGAGACUUGCCCGAGCAGUCCAAACUGCGGAGACUCAAAGAUCGAACAGCUCCUGGCGUCCCGUUUCCCCACGUGUUACCCGUGUUUUUUGGAUGCCAGAGCUCAUUUCGGAGACACCAAGGCCGACCGGAUCAAUCUCGUCAUAUUGGGAAAGGAUGGACUGGCCAGAGAAUUUGCCAACGAGAUCAGGGCUCUGUGCACAAACGACGACUGGUACGUGUUGGACGGGAAGAUGUACGAGCUGACGCUGCGGCCCAUCGAAGGGAACGUGCGUCUUCCUGUGAAUUCUUUCCACACGCCGACGUUCGCCCCUCACGGAUGCCUGUGUCUGUACAAUUCCAAAGAAUCCCUGUCUUACGUGAUCGAAAGCCUCGAGCGUCUUCGGGAAUCAACGCUGGGGCGGAGGGACAGCCAGCUGGCGCAGCUGCCGACUUCGCUGCUCCUGGUCACCAAAAGGGGCGUCGGCUCGUACGCCGACGUCGGUGGAGAAACUGCCUUAAACCUGAUAACGCAGGGACAGCAGGUCGCGAGAAGACUCCAGUGCAGCUUCCUGGAUCCCGCCUCCCCCGGGGUGGGCUACGGGCAUCGCGUCAGCGAGUCCCAAAUCAACCAGGUGCUCCGGGGCCUUCUGGAUAUCCGGAGGAGCGCGUCCUUCGGCGGCGGCUCCCCCCCGCUCCUCCCCGAGCCCCCGUCUCCUCAUCAGCCGGAUCCCGAGGCGGACCUCCGCAUCGUCAUGUGCUUGAUGUGCGGCGACUCCUACGACGUUGAGCAGCUGCUCUCGCCCUUCCUGAUGCAUCAGCACUGCAGGCCCGUGUCCAACGCCGGCACCUGCGUGCUGCUGGAGCAGACGGUCGCUGGGCAUAAGCUGGCCAUAGAGCUGUCCUUCGUCUCGUAUCACGCCUCCUUCGCGUUGCGGAAGAGCAGGCUGGUCCACGGCUACUUUGCGGUGUACUCGGUCUCCCGAAAGGCAUCCCUUGAGACGCUGUGCGCCUUCUUGUGUGAGGUUCAAGACAUCAUCCCGGUGCAGCUUUUGGCCGUGGGCGACAGCCAAGCCGAGUUGACGGAGAGCAACUACGCCCGGGAGCAGCAGAUCCAAGGGGAGGAGCUUGCCCACGAGAUCGAAGGCCGUUUCAAUAGCGUGGUCUGCGGAUCGGGGGGCGUCGCGGGGGGCCUGCACAGGAUAGAGAUGUUCCAUCCCUUUCUCAUGGAGGCGGUGGAGAAACGCAACAUCGUGGAAGCCACGCACAUGUACGAUAACGUCGCCGAAGCCUGCACCAGCGAAAACGUGUACUCCCCGCGCUGUAGUUCUCCCAGUCCGGUCACCAUGUUCCUGGACUCCGAGGACGACGUCGAGCCUUCGCCUCCGUACCACGACGGCACCCUCGCGUCUCACCACGGGGGCUUCAACCUGCCCGACUCGGACUCCGGCGACGUCUCGCUCAUCUCCGAUAUCCGAGACCUGGAGAGCAAACUCAACAACAAGGCGCCCCCGCACGCGAGAAUGAAACCCGGCGUCACUUUUGACUUUCGAAAGGUCAGCCGAAACCCGUACACGGACACGGUCGCUCACCGCCGCUCGCUGCCGUCCGCCGUCUCCUGGGUGCCCGGAGGCGACGUGGGGUACGACCCGUCGGAUUACGCGGAACCCUUAGACGCCGUGUGCAAGCCCCGCCCCAGCAACGACGAAAUCAUCUACUCCGUGCCGCACGACAGCACGCAAGGAAAGAUCAUCACCAUCCGCAACUCCAACAGGAUGCACUCGAACGGCAACGGCUCCGACAGCGAAGCAGACAGCGGUUCCCUGGAGCGGAGGAGGAAAUUCUCGGCGGCGGGCGUGAAGCCCCGUCUCUAUCGCGAUCGCUCCAAGCGGCUCGGCAAGUUCAGCAGCUUCCGCACCAGCUUCAUCGGCAGCGACGACGAGAUGGGAGCGCUCCCCAAGUCCAAGGAGGACGACUACGGGACACUCAAGGGGGAACAUUUGGUGAACGAGGAGAACGAGGACCCCAAAAAAAGGAACAUCCUGAAGAGCCUUCGGCGAACGGCCAAGAAAUCAAGACCAAAGCCCCGCCCAGCAAUCCCCAAGCCCAUGGAGAGCAGCUACUUUGGGGUCCCCUUAGUCAACGUGGUGUCUCCGGAGAGGCCGAUUCCGCUCUUCAUCGAGAAGUGCGUUCGCUUCAUUGAGACCACGGGUCUGAACACGGAAGGUUUGUACCGGGUCAGUGGGAACAAGUCCGAGAUGGAAAGCAUCCAGAGGCAGUUUGAACAGGACCACGGAUUAGACCUGGUGGAGAAAGACUUCUCCAUAAACACUGUGGCCGGAGCCCUCAAGAGCUUCUUCUCCGAGCUGCCUGAGCCCCUGGUGCCUUGUGCUCUGCAGGCGGACCUACUGGACGCUUUCAAGACGGGUGACAGAGAACAGCGGCUCUACGCCAUGAAGGACGUCCUGAGGAGAUUCCCCAGGGAGAACUACGAUGCCUUCAAAUACGUCGUCAGCCACUUACACAAGGUGAGCCAGCUGAGCAGGCUGAACCUGAUGACCAGCGAGAACUUGUCCAUCUGCUUCUGGCCCACGCUCAUGCGGCCCGACUUCACCACUAUGGACGCCCUGACGGCCACGCGCACCUACCAGACAAUCAUUGAGAUCUUCAUCCACCAGUGUGCAUUCUUCUUCUACAACCAGCCGCUCGUGGACUCCCCCACGGGGCCGGGGGGGCUCCCCGCUUCGCCCACCGCCACCCUGGGCGGGAGCUCGGCCUACUCGUGUUACCGCUCGUCUCCUCCGCACUUCAGCCCCCUGCAGCAGCAGUCGCCGCCCACCACCCCGCAGUCCCCCCUGCAGUCCCUGCUGCCCCCCUUGCACCAGCACGCCCACCCUCACCACUCCCCCGCCGAACAGGAGACGCUGUGAAAACCGCGUGCGCCCCCCCCCCAGAUUCUCGACAGCAAGACGGAUGUGCCGACGUCGUGGUGGAUGAUGGAAAGGGGGCGGGGCGCGGGCACGAGACAUUUGUGGCCGCUGUGUUUUUAAAUCUGUUCUUUGUCCUCAUGAAGUACUGCCACUGGAUUUGUCGUCUGGCCCUCCGUGUCCUUUUGGGGGUGAAAUGUUGCGCCCUCUGGUGGAGGUCUUUGGCAAGCCCAUUUCAUUGGUAGCGGCGAGGCUUACACAUCCAGGGAUGCACUUUAAUGUCCAAUUUUGGUUGAGUUUUUUUCCGGGGGGGGGCAUAACUGUGCAUUUAUCAUUUUGACAGCUCAGCCAUAGCCUCUCCAGAUCAAAUUUUGUUUACGUAAAAAGGAGGUUUUUUUUUUUUAUACCCGCUUACUUCUCUGAAGCACUUUUUGAUAGCGUAGCGUUACAUUUGUAUUGUCCAUGUUCCCCGUUUAGUAGUCAAGAUCCCCAAAUGUAAAAAAAAAAAAAAAAAAAUCUCAUCGGUUGGAUUAUUCCAGGGCGCCGAUCCAGUUUCAGGCCUCGCGCCCUUUCUAGCUGUCGGUUGAGCCCGAUGGAUUUUCGGGGUUUGAUUGUCAAUGUGGGUCAAGUGAAGAAUUGUAGCCAUAUUUGAUCAGCGCACUUGAAACGUAACAAGAAGAUGGUGUUGAAUAUUCCCUCCAGUUUCCACACUGACUGCAAAUCACGACGUAUUGAAGUAUUUUAGCAUAUCGUCCAUUCUUAAUGAAGAAUUUGUUUUUUUUUUGUCCAAACCUUCAAACUAACAAAACCGAGCUGUGUGUUUCCUACUGGGACAGGACAAGUGUGUUCUAUCACUGGAUGGUUUGUUUUUUUUUCUCCACAAUGAUGUUUGGUCAUCCGUUUGAAAGGAGUUGCUGCGACCGGCCCAUGGAGAGAAAACACUGUAAAUACACAAGCGGGACUGCUCAAAACCAUUCAGUGGGCAAAGUGUGACUUGUGUACCUGUUUGUAGGCUGGG